AUGUCGAGCUCACAUUUAACAGAUGACAAUUUGUUACUAUCAUCAAAUAUUCAAUCGCAAUUACCCGGAAUACGCAAUAACCGUUGUAAUUUGCGUCAGUAUAGAACGAUGACGAUAGAAACACAAAAAAUACACAAGGCAAAAUUAGCAAAAUUUUCAAACGAAUUAAAGAUUUCAAAAAUAGAUGAUUCUAAUGUUGCAAAUUUUCUGAAAACAAUUCAAGACAAAAGUCGUUCCGAUAAAAAAUUGUCAAAAAGUUACGUAAAUGCAAUAUACUCGACACUUAAACUGUUGAAUCCUUCUCUUACAAAAACUGCAAGCGAAAUGGACUUUCCUCGGAAAAAUCGAAAAUUUUCUUCUGACGAGUACUUGGAUACUAUUUCAGGUGUUAAAAAAGUAGUUGAACAAAUGACGCAAUUCACUGAAUCGUUUAAAAAUAUCGAAAUACAAAAAGUAGAAUCACGACGAAAAAUCGAUACGAUAAUAGCUAUAACAAUGACUGCUUUAACUAACUUACGUACAACCGAAUUAUUGCAAUUAGAACUAAAACAUUUGUAUCAAAUUGCGCACGGAAUUCCUAUUACUUUAAAAUUAUCUUAUAAUAAAGAACAAAUAAUUGACGUCUUAUUAACAGAUAUAUUGACCAAUCAAACAUUUAAAAAUAUUAUUAACAUGGUUCUAAGUCGUGAAUUAUGGUGUAAGAAUAGCUUCAAUAGUGAGAGUCAAAUCAAACAAUCUUGUAUAAGACUCAUUUCUUGUAAAAAUGACACAAUUAAUAAAACGUUUUCUGAAUUAUACGUGCAGAUUAACAAUAAAAAGCCGAAAUUAACGUUAGGACUAAAAAGUGUCCGUUCUCAUAAUUCAGCACGAAUAGUAAAUCAAAGAGGACAUGUAACGAUAGAUUCAGAUGACGAAACCAUUUUUAAAUCAAUUAUCAAUAAUUUUAUAACAGAAAACAGAACGUCUCAUCAAGCA